UUGCCUGGCAGCCAAAUCCAGCAAAAGUUGUCGCGUUUGUGAGAAUCGGGUGAAGGUGAGUUGUAAACAAAACCAAGCGCAAAACUCGACUCGAUACAAAGAAUUACUAAAAUUUGGAUCUACGUUUUUCCACACAAAAAAAGAGUAAAAGACCUUUGAUUCUCAGACAUAAUGGCAGAGGAAGUUCAGCGGCACUCUGUGCACACGCUUGUUUUCCGGUCCUUGAAGCGUGCCCACGACCUCUUCAUUUCAGAGCAUAGCAAAUUACCUGAAAAAGACCCUAUAGCAGAGAAACUUUGGCGCACAGUCAAGGCCAGGGACCAGUAUGGCUCGAUCGUGGACACGGUCAAGAGGCAAAAAGCUCUUCAGCCUCACGCAGAAGACCAUUCGGCAAAAGAGGACGAUUUGGCGGAAGUCUCUGAAGAACUGGCUGCCUCGACCCCGAGCACUCCAGCGACCAGCAGUAGUCUGGCUCUCAUCCCCCAGCAGCAACAGCAAAACACCACGCAGGCUCUUAUACCUAGAAGGCCCCACACAAUGCCCAAGCCGAAGUGGCACGCACCCUGGAAACUGUGCAGGGUCAUCUCAGGUCACUUGGGUUGGGUCAGGUGUGUUGCAGUGGAGCCUGGAAAUGAGUGGUUUGUCACGGGAGCUGCAGAUCGUGUCAUCAAGGUCUGGGACUUGGCCUCUGGCACUUUGAAGGUCUCCCUCACGGGACACAUUUCGACUGUCAGAGGACUUGCUGUUAGUCCAAGACAUCCGUACCUUUUCAGCUGCGGAGAAGACCGACAGGUCAAGUGCUGGGACCUUGAGUACAACAAGGUUAUAAGACACUACCAUGGUCACUUGUCUGCCGUAUACUGCUUGGCGUUGCAUCCUACCAUUGAUGUUUUGAUCACUGCCGGACGAGAUUCAACUGCUAGGGUUUGGGACAUGAGAACCAAAGCAAACGUCCACACUCUCAGUGGACACACCAACACAGUUGCCAGCGUUUUGUGUCAAGCAGCAGAGCCUCAAGUUAUCACAGGCAGUCAUGAUUGCACCAUCAGACUGUGGGAUUUAGCAGCUGGCAAGUCCAGGUGCACCCUGACUAACCACAAGAAGAGUGUUCGAGCCCUUGCUCUGCAUCCUAAUUUGUACAUGUUUGCUUCUGCCAGUCCUGACAACAUCAAGCAGUGGAAGUGUCCAGAAGGAAAAUUUAUUCAAAACCUUAACGGCCACAACGCCAUCAUAGAGUGCAUGGCCGUAAACAGCGACGGAGUUUUGGUCAGCGGAGCCAACAACGGCUCAAUCCACCUCUGGGACUGGCGCACUGGAUACAACUUCCAAAGGCUCCAGGCCCCUGUGCAACCGGGCUCCAUGGAUUCCGAAGCUGGAGUUUACGCAAUGACCUAUGACCACUCGGGAAGCAGACUUAUUACAACCGACGCUGACAAAACUGUAAAAAUUUACAAGGAAGAUGACACAGCGACCGAAGAGACACACCCUGUCAACUGGCGCCCAGACAUCCUCAAACGAAAACGCUACUAGUUUUCAUUCCAAUCUUAUCUUGCAUUUUGUAUCACAUUAAAACACUGGACAUAACUCUUUUAUUUUUUUUUCUUAAAUAUAUCGUUGACUGUUGAAAAAGAGAAAA